CCCUUCCUCUCUCCGUCCUUCAAUUCCGCAACUCGCUCCCACUCUCUCUCUCUCCAACGCCAAAUCCCUAAAUCCCUUAUCUAUCUCCCCAUCUUUCUCCCCCAAAUUCCCCGGCGAAACAUUCUUCCCGCAACAAUGCACAGACAGUCCGACUCCGAUUUAACGAGCCUCGCCGCCUCCUCCCCGCCUCGAUCUCCCCGCCGACCAGUCUACUACGUCAUGAGCCCUUCCAACAUCGACAACGAGAAGCUCUCAAUCUUCGGCUUAAGCCCCGGCGGAUCCCCUGCUCAUCAGCAUUACCACCCCAAUCCGACCCACCACCGCUAUGCCAGCUCGCCGAUCCACCAUUCUCGAGAAUCCUCUACCACCCGAUUCUCUGCCUCGCUUCGAAAUGGGUAUUGGCGUAAGGUUCCUCAGGAACUGCACGUCGGGGAUAAGGAGGUGGAGGAGGAGGAGGAGGAUGAAGAAGAGGAGAGAUGGGGCUUUCGAUGCUAUGCUCUGAUGUUCGUCAUCGGAUUCUUUCUGCUGUUUAGCCUCUUCUCGAUCAUUCUCUGGGGUGCAAGUAAGGCUUACGAGCCCAAAAUCACUGUCAAGAGCCUGGUGUUCGAGCGAUACAACAUCCAGGCCGGAAUGGAUUUCACGGACGUUCCCACAAAAAUGAUCUCUCUUAAUUCAACGGUCAAGAUGAGGUUUCGGAACCCAGCGACGUUCUUCGGCGUACACGUGUCGUCCACUCCGUUGGUGCUCUACUACUACGAUUUGGCGAUCGCGUCUGGCCACAUGAAGGAAUUCUACGCGUCGCGGAAGAACGAGCGCAUCGUGACGACUGUGGUCCUCGGCAAGCAAGUCCCGGUCUACGGCGGCGGCGCCGCCUUG